CGGACUAGCUCGGGCAGCCAACAGCAGCAGCAGCAGCGUGGUGUCCGUGUUUUUUGAUAUUCAUUGCAUUGGUGCCCGUGUGAUGUGGUGUUGGUGUAGUGCAAAAGAGAGAGGCAUGCGAGCGCUUCUUUUUUCGACUGUCAUUAUUAGUGAGUUUCAAUAAUAUGAGACUCCCUCUGAUCGGACGGAAAACAACAUGCCGUAUAGUUCGUGACAAGUGGCUCUUCUGUGUGUAGAUGACGAACGAAGAGAAAGGAAGUAAAGUUUCGAUUAAAAGUGGUGCAGCCUCCUCACACAGGUCGACGAGGUGCGUGAUUACAUUCAAAUGCGGUGAUUAUUUCGCUUAUUUUGUGUUACAUUGAACUCGAGCGACUGGUGAAGCAAGUGAAAAGAGAAACGGCGAGAAGACGUGUUUUGAUGCGGGAUAAGCCUAGAAAAUAGGUGAAGAAGUGUUUUCAUUUUCAUCGAGUCUGUAAUUUUAAGCUCACAUUUCAAAGCUAAUCCCCUGCAAGGUGAAUGGUGUCUUCGGGAAAGUGUGCUGUUCCUGACAUUUAAACCAGUAGUGAUUUCGAAAGAUCUGCCGAAAAUGGUGCCAAUUAGGGGCUUCGAGUGAUGCAAGUUAUGGGCGAAAAAAGCGCAGAGAAGAAGAUUCGGUGAAGUUUAUUGAUUUUUGUGUCAUACUCUUUCAUCGAAACCUGUUUCCCCGGUGGAGUGGAACACCAGGUUUCUGUUGCUGUCGCCGUAGACACUGCUUCUGCAUCGGAAUGCUGCUGUGCUGAAAAAGUGGAUCCUCAUUGUGGCUCUGCCCUCGCGACCAGGCGAAUCGAACGAGGAAGAAAGGAAACCUUCCGGUCUCUCGGUCAUCCAGGCGAGAGUAGAAACGGUCGCCACCACGGGCACACCACACUCCAGUCAGUCAGUCAGUCAGGUCAGUCAAUGCAGCACAGAGCCAGCGCAGCGGGGGAUAUUGUUGUGUGUCUACCUACACAUACCCCUGAUUCAAGUUCCCGCUAAGCCGAUUCGAUACAGAUGUCGAUAGAAAUUAUCGGCUCCUCGGUCUGACCCACUCGCGCCUCGGCUCCGUACGUACAACUGUUGCUGCAGUCCGGGAAAACAGAAUCGAACGCCUAUCGCCACGCCGCCAGGGGCGCAUUCAAAUCGAAAUCGGCUCCACCUUUCUUUGGCAGCAUCAAUACCCAGAGAGCAGCUCAGAAGCGUGCAUUGUUAUCGACCCGCAGCCAUUGUCGUCCUCGAUCAUCACGAGGCCAAACCAUUUACCCGUAGGUAGAUAAGCCGAGAGCGCAUCAGCAACAAGCAGGCAGCAUGUAUCAAUCGCUAGGUACCGAACGAGAACGACGACGUUUACGAAGUUACCUACCGAAUCGUCGGCACCUGGUUUGGGCUAAACGAUAACAAGCGUCGUACUUUGAGACCUCGCACGCACCUGUCCGAAUCGAGGGGCAUCACAUCGAAUUGGUAGCAAAACAAAACAACCCAAAAAAACGACGAAUCCACAUACCGGCAAGCUUACCGACUCAGCUGUUUUCGACGAACACAAAAAGGAAAGGAACGCGGCAAUUACCCGGCAGUAAUCCGGUGCUCUUUCUCCCGCUGCUUGACGCGGCGGGCCAUCAGUAUCGAUUCAGAGCCCACGCGAGACGCCAGCUUCCAAAAAACGACCGCGCGCGCACGCCACUACGCUGGAGAAGAGCUUCGUUGGAGAUCGCUGCGCAGCCAGACAGACAGAAGAAGCGCUGUUUGCCGUCGUCGUUGUCGCUGUCGGUAACCUCGUUUCGCACGGAGCGACUGGCCACGAGCGGAGAUUAUGUAAAUGAUCGGUGCUUUAUUCGCACCAUUGUGUUUGCUCGGUUGGUUUCUUUGCUGUGUAGAACUUGGAGAUUGAAAGAUUGAAGAUUCUGCGAUUUUUUUUCUGUGGUGCGAAAGUGUUGGGCGGCGAGAGUGUGGAACGAAGGUCGGUUUGUUAUUGAAAUACGGACGGGUAGAUUUCGCGUGUGAGUGCAGCUCUGGGAAGAGAGGUGUUAGACACGUAGCUGUAGCAGAGCGGAGAGUGUGCGAGAGAGAACAAGCGCUGCGGGAAGCUUAAUCUUAUCAGAAAAUUGCGCCGUGCUAGUAGUGCGCGAGAACCGAGUGAUUUCGCAAGUGUUCGUCGCUGAGCUGCGGGAGUUGGGUUGGGAAUUAGUUUUGACGAGAUUCUUGCAAUGAUGGCUCGAAACUAGAGUUCGGAUUUGGAGAUUACGAAGACGUUCCGAGCGGGGGCCACGUGACGACAGACUGAGAAGUGUCUAGAUGAGAAGAUUACCCCCGAGUUGGAUGAACGGCAAAUGUCAUGUUUUUGUUUGAACUAGCUGAAUCAGCAGUGCCCUCGGCUGAGCGGUGCAAGUUGUGAAGGAUCUUCUUUGUGAACUACUCGGUAUGUUGGUUGUGGUUGUGAUAUUUCAGUGUGAACAGAGGUAAAAAUCUCGUAGGGAGAAAACAUCGAAAAUGCUGACACCGGUGAAAAACAAUCAGAGUGCAUAGACACGGGCUGUUGAGACCCGAUGGUAGAUAGUGCCCUUUUACAGUGAUAGUGACGAAAACAUAAAAACAAUUUCUGACGGAGGGUAGUUGAAUGAAACAGAGUGAUUUGCUGAGUCGCAUAAAAUGUUCCAGUCGGUGAUGUUGCAAAAGAUUGCUCUGGUAAUGAACCGAGCUGAAUCGAAAGUGUUUUGAGUGGCAAUCAUUCGAUAAUUGGUGUUUGAAGUGAGAGGAUCAGUCGCCUGUGCGACCCUGACCACGGCCAGAACGAAGAUCGACGAAGAUGUACUGGAUUCGGUCGAAAAAGCUGAAAGAGCGGCUAGCGCUUGGCUUCGGAGCCUCGCUGGUGCUGUUCACGUUGCUGUUGGUGAUCGAUCUUCAGAUGGACCUUGGGGUGUCCCGAGGAGAAUUUAUUCCAUCUCACGCACGAAUACGAUUUGCCAACGAGGAGGACAAAGGCGGAAUAUAUAACGAAUUUCACCGGAAGUAUCUUGCCAAAAGCAAUGCGUCCGGUUCCAAAGAGUACCUUACUACAAAUCCGCAUACCCGAGGUCGGACUGAUACUUCCGGAUCGGGAUACCCAAGCAAACAGGUUACCACAACUCCUCCCCAUGACCGAUUUAAGGAUUUAACUGCGAUAGUGGUGGCACCAAAAAAUCGCCGCAAUCCGGAAUACUACGAAAGGAUAGUCGUCAAGGAAGACCACGAGGACAAUGAAAAUCCAACUCUGGCAGAAAUGCUGGAUCUGCGGAUCAGUAACAACGCAAGCAAUCUGGAAAAGUUUCAGCUUUCCAUUACCAAAAACGAACUUUACUCGAAAAGUGAUACCCUGGUGGAUUCUGUGAUAGAGGACAUGGUCAAGCUACCCAUCAAGCACGUUGUCCAGAAAGAAGGUGGCACUCAAAUCAAACUGAUCAUUGAGUAUCCCAACGAUAUUCAUGCUCUGUUCAAACCGAUGCGAUUCCCAAGGGAACAACAAACGCUGCCAAACCAUUUUUACUUUACCGACUACGAGCGACACACAGCGGAAAUUGCAGCAUUCCAUCUAGAUCGGUUAAUGGGAUUCCGGCGGGCGAUGCCAGUUACCGGGCGACUUCUCAACAUUACCACAGAAAUCGAGCGGGUGUGUGACGAUAACCUACUGAAGACGUUCUUCAUAUCGCCGGCUCGGAACAAGUGUUUCCACGGUAAAUGUUCCUACUAUUGUGAUACGUCCCAUGCCAUUUGCGGCAAUCCGGACACGCUGGAAGGUUCAUUCGCUGCCUUCCUCCCAACUCAGCAGGACACCCAGCGAAAAGUGUGGCGUCAUCCCUGGCGUCGGUCGUACCACAAGCGCAGGAAGGCACAGUGGGAAACCGAUCCCGACUACUGCGCCAUGGUCCGUGACAUUCCCCCGUACGACGAAGACCGUCGAUUGCUGGACCUGAUGGACAUGUCGGUGUUUGAUUUCCUCAUCGGGAACAUGGACCGUCAUCACUACGAAACGUUCAAGAUCUUCGGAAACGACACGUUCCCCAUUCAUCUGGACCAUGGUCGAGGCUUCGGUCGACCGUUCCACGAUGAACUAUCGAUUCUGGCACCGCUGCUCCAGUGUUGCCUGAUUCGAUCAUCAACGCUCGAGACGCUGCUGCUGCUCCACAAUGGUCCGAAGACACUGUCGGAACGGAUGCGAGAAUCGCUGGCGAUCGAUCCCAUUGCACCGGUCCUGUGGGAACCUCAUCUGACGGCGCUGGAUCGAAGGGUAGGUAUCAUCCUGCAGGCUGUGAGAGACUGUCUGAAGAAAGCGUCGGAAGAGGAGUUCGAUGGCAGCCAGAAUCAGCUGAACCACGACAACUUCUCCUAGCGUUCCUAUCGUCCCAGGCGGACCCGGCGGCGCCUCUACAGGAUAUUGGUCAAUCUGAAGAGCAACGGUGCGAAUCGAAUCGGCCAAUACAGAAGCUUGUACAUAGUCUAGGAACCAGAUGUGAGUGAGAGCGCGAAAUGCGCAAGUGAGCGGGAAAGAAAAGCGAGAGUGAGCGAAACUGGUGAAUGCGAAAAACUGUGAGUGCAUGAUGAUGUCCGGUAGUAAAUAUGUGGCAUUAGUCGAGUUGUUUAUUGGUUCGUUGCGGGAUCAUUAUCAUAAAAUGAUAGCAAGAAGCGCAUAGGAUAGGCUCGGUCGGAAAUGAACGCUGCAAAUGUUUCGAUUGAACGGUUGUAAAGUUCUCGGACGUUAAUUAGAUCAAUAGGAUUAACCAUGUGCAUAGUCCGCUAAUGAUGAAUGAUAUAUACAAUAAUAUACAUAUUCGUAGCAUGCGGAUUGCUCCGCAGCAAUAAGAGGCCAAAGUUGUAAAUGAGCAAAACUUAUUCGAGAGUCCCCUCGAGGAACCAUAUUUACGUUUUAAACGCUAGAUGAUGAUAUUAGAUGUUCUUGUUUUUCCUGUUAAGUUUUACAACUCUAUAGUACACGUUCCGAACCCGUUUUUUCCUCGUUACCCAAUAUAACAUGAUGAGACAGACAAAAUUUGUUCAGCUCCCAGAUAAGAUAUCAAAUGUUCUUAGAAUGUUCCGUACUCGUACCGAGCCAGACUCUCCAGAUGAUGAACAGUUCGUAAAUCUCUCACACACGGUAGCCAGUACUGUCAGCCAAAAACCAACAAGUUUAAAUCAAGCAAGAGAUAAUAAAACUGAAACUAACCACUCGGAUGCUGUUCCGUCCCGAACAGAGAUGGUGAUGGUUUCAAAUAAAUUACGUAUUAAUGUCCAAUUAUUCGAAUGAAUUCAUUCCGUAAAUCCCCACCCGCCACACCAAACCAUCAUCGUAUCGUGCUAUCAACUCCAUAUCAACGGCAAUUAUCACACCACCACCUUCAGUGCAAAUCGAAACUUUCCGUUCUUUCUAUAGGUACGUUGUUGUGUCCAGCAGGCAAGCUCAUUAAUAGAUAAAUGACAUUAUACAUAGAUGUGAAUUAACGGAUACUGCUCCCCGAGUGAGAGACCGAUUGUGACAAAAUUGUAUUUAAUAAUGACGUUCAUUAAUCAACCCCGAACAACAGGAUACGGAUACGAAGUCCACAAUGAAUGCCAAAUCCAACAUAUUUACUAGUCUGUCGCUUUAUAACCCUUUCGUGCCUGUGUUGUUUCCGUUUGGUGUUUUUUUUUUUUAUUGAUGUUAGGUUUCAAAUAUUGGAUUUUUAUUUCCAAAGCAGCAUUGAUAUCAACACACAUGUCAUAUCUGAGUUACGGCAGCACAACUUUUAGUUUUAUAGAAGUCACUAUGACAUAUUUCUUGCAUUGUGUUACAAGUACGCCACAGUAAUUUCUGUAAUUUCAUUUUUACCAAUCUUUCCAUAUAUAGUUUUCCAACUCAAUAAUUCCCAAUGAAUGAAAUUUGAUACACUGAUUUGAUUUGUUUCAAUGAAGCAAACAUAUUUUGAAAUUUUCAAUUCUUUUUUGAAAAUCAAAAUUGAAAACAAAAGAGUAUAUAGGGUAACAAGCCACUUUGGGUACUUUUCGCUAUAACUCCACUCCUCAGAAAAAAGGACCAAUAAAGGCCCGAAACGUCGGAUCAGAAUUAAAAAAUAACGUUUUAGCUGGUCUUCCGACUGCAUAAGCCAAAAACCAUUUCAAUAUAACUCCAAAUCAAUUGACUUGAAAUUUUGUACAUGGCUGGAUACUAUACGUAUCUCACCGCGUUCCAAGAAAUGUGUCAAUUGGUUCAAAAUUGGAUGAGUUCUAGCAAAUAAUAACCUAAAACAGGUAGCCCUGCCGAGAUGGUUCCACUUCCCUACGUACUUUAAACUUUUUUUUUUAUUUUUUCUUAAAAAAAAGAUUGUUACGCUAGAUAAGUUCUAAAACUGAUACAGGAGUAACAAAAUUAUCAACCUGUAGGAUCAGAGACAUAGGCAUGAAAGGGUCAACAUUUACCUAUAAAACAAGUUUCUUCAGUUCUACAAACAUACCUCUCUCAUCCAAAUACUCCCUCCCGCUUUUCUGUAUCUAAGAUUCUUCAGUCAGUGCCCGGCUGCGACAAAAUUGGGUGACACAUUUCUCUUCAAUUCACACCUUUCUUCUAUCGAAAAACGAAAAAAAAAACUGAUAAAACAAAAGCACAGUUUUGACGCGAAACAGUUGUACGCUGUCAGAACGAUACCCGGGUGACCACCGCACCACCAGGAAUGAAUUUGUGCGAGCUACAAAGUGAUACUAGAUACCAACAAGCGACGAAUCGAAUUGUAUGAACAAUUACAACGUUAAGGCAUAAAGAUAAAGCAAACGCGAACAAACCAUCAAAAAAAAACGGUUCGAUAUGGGAUGUGUAUGGUAAAACGAUAACGUUGAUUACGACAAAAAAGGGGAAGGGAAUGUGCAAAAACCCCUAGGAACGAAAAGAAAAAAAAAAGAUUUUCGAUGCACUUUUAUCGUUAGGAAUCUUUGAAACUGAUUGGUUCUCUCGUAAGGCUGUUUAUAUUCCCCCGAUACCUUUUAUUUAUAAUUUAUUCGACAGUGUAGAGAGUAAAUAGGAAAAAAAGAACGUAGGCUGAAAUAUUCGAAGAAAACAGAAAAUGCAAGAAAAGCUAAACAACUGAAAACCGGAGAAAAUGAUAAUAAAGAGACUACGAUUGUUGUUCGACAAAAUAUGAAAACGGA